GGCGGGGCGGCCAUGGCGGCGGCGCGGCGGGUGCAGCUCCGGGGGCUGCUGCUGCUGCUGCUGCUGCUCCUGCUCGGCGCGGCGGGGCCCGGCGUUCGGGCCGCACGGGGCCGCGGUGCCGACCGCCAGAACAGCCUCCGCCGCGCCGCCAGCGGCCUCUACCAGGGCGUCAGCGGCCUCUUCGGCGAGGACAACGUGCGGGCCCUGCAGAAGUUUUUCUCAAGGUUGACAGAGAGGUUUGUGAAUGGGGUGGAUGUAUUAAUGGACACAUUCUGGAGAAUAUGGACUGAUUUGUUAGAUGUUCUUGGAAUUGAUGCCUCCAACCUGACUCAUUAUUUCAGCCCAGCAGCGAUUGCCAACAACCCGACCCGCGCCCUCCUGCUGAUCGGUGCCAUUUUACUGGCCUAUUGGUUUUUAUCUCUCUUCCUUGGAUUCUUCUUCUAUCUCCUGCACAUGCUGUUUGGCCGCUUCUUCUGGAUCGCCAGGGUGGCCCUGUUCACCCUGUCCUGCGUGUACAUCCUGCAGAAGUACGAGGGCGACCCGGAGCACGCCGUGCUGCCGCUCUGCUUCGUCGUGGCCGUCUACUUCAUGACGGGCCCCGUCGGAUUUUACUGGAGAAGAAACAGCAACAGCAGCCUGGAGGAGAAGAUGGACCACCUGGAUAGUCAGAUCAGACUGCUGAACAUCCGCCUUUCCAGGGUGAUCGAGAACCUGGACAGGGGCAGCGAGCAAUGAGCCGGCCCCUCCUGACCACUGUACACCAGCUCCGGAAAAUUCCUAAGCACUGUCUCAUCCGAAGUUAAAAAGCAACAAAACAUCACAUGGUAAAAAGUGUGCAAAGUUAUAACUUUUCAUCAUGUCUAAGACUAAUUUAUCUAGGUUAAACACUCAGCUGUUAGACUUCUAGGAGAGAGAAAAAAACAUUUACAAAAUUCAGCUGUAUAUUCAGAGUUUUAUCCAGUACUAGAAUUUUCUCAGUAGAUAAACGCUUACUUUUACAAGCAUUUAAAAACAUCUUUUGUAAAGUUUUUAUAAAAGCAAAUUGAGUAGUCUUUCAGAUAUUGAAGUUGAGUUAAACAUAUGCAAAUUUGACACUUUAACAGUUAAAAAGAAAAAAAAAUCUCAAGCUACCAAGCACUUCCAUUGAGAAGUAACUGCUGUGGGUCCAUAUUUUUUCUUCAGGGUUGUGAAUGUUUUUUCUGUUUUUGUUGGCUUAUUUCAUUGCCUUGAAGUUGCCUUUCACAGAGUAUCAGAUGAGGAAUUUUCUGGUAUCCAGGCCAAAAAAUUCAUACCAUAGCUUUUAACAGGAGGUGGGAAUGAGGGAGAAGGAAGAUCUGAAGUCCUGAAAUGCCAGUCCAGUGUGAGGAAGCGCACGUGUGGAGUUUUUUCAUUGCAUUUCAUCCCGAGAACUUUAAUUUUUUAGUGUCUGGAAGGAAAUCUGGUUUAAUAAAUUGGCACAGGAGGAACAUGUAGCGUGACAAAUUGUAAUUCAUAUUCGACCUGCAUAUUGAAGCAUUUUCCAAGCUUAAUUGCAUAGACUAAAACAUGAUUUUUAAUCUCAGGACCCACGUACUUUCUCAGAAAAGGCAGCAGUUAAAACACGUGCAAAUGUAUUGUUGCUUAAAGCUUUCUCAGGACCAAUAAGCGGCAAUAAAUUAUCUUCAGGAAGAUCUGGAUUUUUUUCUAAAAUUAUAAUAGUUUUAUAGGAGCUUUUUGCUUGGAGUCUGUGUCCUCAUUAGGUUUUGGGAAAAGCGAGUCACCUUUAAGAGGAGGU